GGUGGAUUCGGCCAGAGGCUAAUCUUCAACGCUGAUUAAGUCCAUCUAGGGCCAAUUUGGGCGGAUUUCUUCCGGGUCCAUUUUUGGCAGACUCCAAAGGGGUCCAUCAUAGAUUUCAUGCGAUUUUUCCGAAAUGCCAUUUUCUUUCUAUUUUGGAGGCUACAGAUCACGGAUUCGGCUCGAGGCUAUUGUCCACCGAUAAUCAAGUCUAUUGAUCCUAUUAUGCGCCGAUGAUUAAGUCAAUUAAGCACCGAAUUGGGCCAAUAUAUUUUGGGAUCGCAUUUUCGUAAUUAUUUGAGCAAUUUUUUUUUGAAAGGCCAUUUUCCUUGGAUUUUGAAGGAUAAAGAUGGUGAAUUCGGCCUGAGGCUAUUCUUCAACGACGAUUAAGUCCAUCCAGGGCCAAUUUUGGCGGAUUUCUUCCGGGUCCAUUUUUGGCAGACUCCAACGGGGUACCAUCACAGAUUUCGAGUGAUUUUUCCAAAAUGCCAUUUUCUUUCGAUUUUGGAGGCUACAGAUCACGGAUUUGGCUCGAGGCUAUUCUCCACCGAUAAUAAAGUCUAUUGAUCCUAUUCUGCGCCGAUGAUUAAGUUAAUUAAGCACCGAAUAUGGCCAAUAUAUUUUGGGAUGGUAUUUUCGUAAAUAUUUGAGCAAUUUUUUUUGAAAUGCCAUUUUCCUUGGAUUUUGAAGGAUAAAGAUGGUGGAUUCGGCCUGAGGCUAUUCUUCAACGACGAUUAAGUCCAUCCAGGGCCAAUUUGGGCGGAUUUGUUCCGGGUCCAUUUUUGGCAGACUCCAAAGGGGUACCAUCACAUAUUUCGGGCGAUUUUUCCGAAAUGCAAUUUUCUUUCGAUUUUGGAGGCUACAGAUCACGGAUUCGGCUCGAGGCUAUUCUCCACCGAUAAUAAAGUCUAUUGAUCCUAUUCUGCGCCGAUGAUAAAGUCAAUUAAGCACCGAAUUGGGCCAAUAUAUUUUGGGAUGGCAUUUUCGUAAUUAUUUGAGCAAUUGUUUUUUGAAAGGCCAUUUUCCUUGGAUUUUGAAGGAUAAAGAUGGUGGAUUCGGCCAGAGGCUAUUCUUCAUCGACGAUUAAGUACAUCCAAAGACAAUUUGGGCGGAUUUCUUCUGGGUCCAUUUUUGGCAGACUCCAUAGGGGUACCAUCACAGAUUUCGGAAGAUUUUUCCGAAAUGCCAUUUUCUUUCUAUUUUCGAGGCUACAGAUCACGGAUUUGGCUCGAGGAUAUUCUCCACCGAUUAUAAAGUAUAUUGACCCUAUUUUGCGCCGAUGAUUAAGUCAAUUAAGCACCGAAUAUGGCUAAUAUAUUUUGGGAUGGCAUUUUCGUAAUUAUUUGAUUAAUUAUUUUUUUAAGCUUAUUUUCCUUGGAUUUUGAAGGAUAAAGAUGGUGGAUUCGGUCCGAGGCUAUUCUUCAACGACUAUUAAGUCCAUCCACGGCCAAUUUGGGCGGAUUUCUUCCGGGUCCAUUUUUGGCAGACUCCAAAGGGGUACCAUCACAGAUUUCGGGCGAUUUUUCCGAAAUGCCAAUUUCUUUCGAUUUUGGAGGCUACAGAUCACGUAUUUGGCUCGAGGCUAUUUUCCACCGAUAAUAAAGUGUAUUGAUCCUAUUCUGCGCCGAUGAUUAAGUCAAUUAAACACCGAAUUGGGCCAAUAUAUUUUGGGAUUGCAUUUUCAUAAUUAUUUGAGCAAUUUUUUUUUGAAAGGCCAUUUUCCUUGGAUUUUGAAGGAUAAAUAUGGUGGAUUCGGCCAGAGGCUAUUCUUCAACGACGAUUAAGUACAUCCAAAGACAAUUUGGGUGGAUUUCUUCCGGGUCCAUUUUUGGCAGACUCCAAAGGGGUAACAUCACAGAUUUCGGGCGAUUUUUACGAAAGGCCAUCUUCUUUCGAUUUUGGAGGCUACAGAUCACGGAUUCGGCUCUAGGCUAUUCUCCACCGAUAAUAAAGUCUAUUGAUCCAAUUCUGCGCUGAUGAUUAAGUCAAUUAAUCAGCGAAUUGGGCCAAUAUAUUUUGGGAUGGCACUUUAGUAAUUAUUUGAGCAUUUUUUUUUUUUUUGAAAGUCCAUUUUCCUUGGAUUUUGAAGGAUAAAGAUGGUGGAUUCGGCCUGAUGCUAUUCUGCUACGACGAUUAUGUCCAUCCAGGGCCAAUUUCGGCGGAUUUCUUCCGGGUCCAUUUUUGCAGACUCUAAAGGGGUACCAUCACAAAUUACGGGCAAUUUUUCUGAAAUGCAAUUUUCUUCCGAUUUUGGAGGCUACAGAUCACGGAUUCGGCUCGAGGCUAUUCUCCACCGAUAAUAAUGUCUAUUGAUCCUAUUCUGCGCCGAUGAUAAAGUCAAUUAAGCAACGAAUUGGUCCAAUAUAUUUUGGGAUGUCAUUUUCGUAAUUAUUUGAGCAAUUGUAUUUUGAAAGGCCAUUUUCCUUGGAUUUUGAAGGAUAAAUAAGGUGGAUUCGGCCAGAGGCUAUUCUUCAACGACGAUUAAGUACAUCCAAAGACAAUUUGGGCGGAUUUCUUCCGGGUCCAUUUUUGGCAGACUCCAAAGGGGUACCCUCACAGAUUUCGGACGAUUUUUCCGAAAUGCCAUUUUCUUUCUAUUUUCGAGGCUACAGAUCACGGGUUCGGCUCGAGGAUAUUCUCCACCGAUUAUAAAGUAUAUUGACCCUAUUUUGCGCCGAUGAUUAAGUCAAUUAAGCACCGAAUAUGGCUAAUAUAUUUUGGGAUGGCAUUUUCGUAAUUAUUUGAUUAAUUUUUUUUAAAGGCCAUUUUCCUUGGAUUUUGAAGGAUAAAGAUGGUGGAUUCGGUCCGAGGCAAUUCUUCAACGACGAUUAAGUCCAUCCACGGCCAAUUUGGGCGGAUUUCUUCCGGGUCCAUUUUUGGCAGACUCCAAAGGAGUAACAUCACAGAUUUCAAGCGAUUUUUCCGAAAUGCCAUUUUCUUUCGAUUUUGGAGGUUACAGAUCACGGAUUUGGCUCGAGGCUAUUUUCCACCGAUAAUAAAGUGUAUUGAUCCGAUUCUGCGCCGAUGAUUAAGUCAAUUAAACACCGAAUUGGGCCAAUAUAUUUUGGGAUUGCAUUUUCAUAAUUAUUUGAGCAAUUUUUUUUUGAAAGGCCAUUUUCCUUGGAUUUUGAAUGAUAAAGAUGGUGGCUUCGGCCAGAGGCUAAUCUUCAACGAUGAUUAAGUCUAUCUAGGGCCAAUUUGGGCGGAUUUCUUCCGGGUCCAUUUUUUGCAGACUCCAAAGGGGUACAAUCACAGAUUUCGGGCGAUUUUUACGAAAUGCCAUCUUCUUUCGAUUUUGGAGGCUACAGAUCACGGAUUCGGCUCGAGGCUAUUCUCCACCGAUAAUAAAGUCUAUUGAUCCUAUUCUGCGCCGAUGAUUAAGUCAAUUAAGCAGCGAAUUGGGCCAAUAUAUUUUGGGAUGGCACUUUCGUAAUUAUUUGAGCAAUUCUUUUUGAAAGUCCAUUUUCCUUGGAUUUUGAAGGAUAAAGAUGGUGGAUUCGUCUUGAUGCUAUUCUGCAACGACCAUUAAGUCCAUCCAGGGCCAAUUUUGGCGGAUUUCUUCCGGGUCCAUUUUUGCAGACUCCAAAGGGGUACCAUCACAGAUUUCGGGCAAUUUUUCCGAAAUGCAAUUUUCUUUCGAUUUUGGAGGCUACAGAUCACGCAUUCGGCUCGAGGCUAUUCUCCACCGAUAAUAAAGUCUAUUGAUCCUA